AUGGCAUAAUUUAUUGAAUAUUUAGUUGAAACAGGAAUAAUUACCGAAAAAUCAUACAUAUCAACUAACAACAUGAUGUUUUAAUUAUCUGAUUAUUUAAAAAAUCUUACUGCUUCAGAUUCAUUUGAUAUGGCAAACAGAAUAUAUGAUAAUUGGAAAUUAAAAUAAAAGAGAAAAUAAAAUCCUUAAUGCUUAAUUCGAUUAAUAGCAAAAAUGACAUAUGCAAAGCCAUUUAAAAUAUUAAAUUCUUAUUCAGACUCUUAAAAGAUUUUGAGCAGUAUCUAAUAAUUAAACAUUACAUAAAAGUCAUCCUGUUAAGUAGAGUAUUAAUCUUCUGUGAAUAAAUCUAAAUUAAGUUAAAUGGGUUUGAAUGAUACAUGUGAGAGAUUAUAUUAAGAUGGAAUAUCUUAAAAAGUAAAAAAGUAAAAAUUUUGCUAACUGACAUAGAGAAUAUUUUGAGCAGGAGAAAUAUAAAUAAGAUUUAAGAGAAUGUACAUUUAAGCCAUAAAUAAAUUCAGAUAAUUUAGGUUCUAACGACACUGAAGUUUUUGAUAGAUUAUAUAAAACUUAACUUGCCUGUAAGAAUAACUUUUCAGAAACUAAAUAAAAAUAAGAGGUUAGUUAAUGUACAUUCACUCCUUGUAUUAAUAAAUAAUAAUCUGUUUCUAAUUAUUAACCUAUUGAAUAAAUUUUUGAUCGAUUAUAUUAAGAAUCGAUAAAUAGAAAUAAUAUGAAAUUAAGUUUAGUACCAACAAGUGAAGAAAAAGAAUUUCAAUAAUGUACAUUUAAACCUUAAAUAUCCUUUAGAUAAUUAGAUAGAAGUGGAGAAGAUAGUAAUAAUGUAUUAUAUAUAUAAUUAGUCUUUGUGAGAUUACAUAAUGAAUCAGCAGAGAAAUAAUAAAUAAAAGUAUUUUAAAAAAUUGAAUCAGAAGAAAAAUAAUUAGAGAAUUGUACAUUCAAACCUAAAAUAAAUACUCAUUCUAAUUUUUCUCCAAGUUCUUAACCUGCUUUUGAUCGAUUAUAUAUGUUAUCAUCUAAAUCUAGAUAAGUAGGUUAGGAUGAAAGUUAAAAAAGAUAAAAGACUAAUCCUAAAAUCAAAGAAAAUAAUAGUGUUGGAAAUAAUGAAUCACUUUAUGAAAGAAUGAAAAACCAUGUUAAUAAAAGAAAGCGAACUUUAAAUUUAAUAUAAUAAGAAUAUGACAAAGAGUUAACAUUCAAACCUAAUAUUAAUUUGAGACAAGGAAAUUUAUAAAAUAGAUUAGAAAGUAGAAAUUAAUCUAUAAGUUCUGUAAAAUCAGAGACAAAAUUAAAAUAACAUCUCAAUACUUCAUAAACCUAAUAGACUAGGAUGUGUAAUACAAGAAAAUCAUUAUAAGAUAAGGAAAAUGAUAAUCAAACAUUUUUUACUGAAACUGCGCAUUUUAAAAAGGAUUUUUAACAAAGAUAGAGUGUUUAAGAUCUAAAAAUAUGA